AUGGACAGUUCUGCCCUCUCGACUUCGAGCUCAGACACAAUGCAUAGCCCUACCGGAGGCACUGCGUCCAUUAUUUCCAACACAUCUGUAGACAGACAGUUGGCGUCUCCGAAGUUGACAGGAAAGGCAACAACUCCUAGUACUAUAGACUCAACCACUUUGGACGUGUUCACAUGGAAACAGACGACCGGAUGGUUAGCGUCAGCUGGCGACCACCUCAAUCGACAUGUGGCUCGAAUAAGCGCACUCUUCUCACCUAGGUUAGUUUGCCAUACAACAUAG